CAAAUAAAUACAGAGACAGAAGUUAACGGAAAGAUGGCACGACUCUCCGCUUUGAGUGUGGCCGUGAUGCUGCAUUCGGUGAUUGGCCUCUCCUACUACUACUUCUUCAAGCUGGGACGCUGCUCCUCGCAGCCGACGCCCCUCCUGGGCAGCUGGCUUUUCACGGGCUGCGUGGUGGCGGUGCUGCAAGCGGUGCGCCUGCUUCCCAUCGGAGUGCCGAGCUUCACGGCCCUGCUGCUGGAGACGAGCAUGUGCUGCUUCGUGCUCGACCUGAUGCUGACGAAGCUGUGGUGCCGCAUCGAGAAUCUCGUCCACUGCGCCAUCGUCGGCGUGCUGCAGAUAUGCCCCGUCGAGGAUGAGACCUUCCUGGCCUUCGAGUAUUGGACGCAGGCCACACUCACCACCAUCAUUGGGAUCUGUCUGCUGUGGGUGACCCUGUGGGCCCUGGCCCUGCCCCAGCGGGUGCGCGAAGGUUUCCAGUGCUGGCGACACAGCUGCCAUCGUCAGCUCUCCCGUGUGCUCUUCUCGCGGCAGGAGAGCGCCUUAGGCUAUGCCGCCUGAUUGAAGCUUACUCCC